AUGAAAAAUUCGAAGGAAGAAGCCACUAAAACUCAAGUUUAUGUAGCAUUAAAAUCAUAUCUUGCUUCAAUCGGCAAUAUUUCGCAUUUAUCUUUCAUUGAAAGAUUAUAUGAAGGAAAUUAUCGCGGUCCACUUAUAAAUCGCAAUCUUGAAGAAGAAAAUGAUCUUGAAACAAAAAGUCUUCGAAGAGAAGUUGACAUUUACCGCUUAAAAGAGAAAGAAGUUGAUUACUCUGUAACAGCUUCCGCACAAACACGACAACUUAGAUUUUGGAAUGCAAUUCAGAGCUAUAAACGCGAUAUUAGAAUCCGAAGUAGUGCAAGUUCCUCAGAUAAGUAUUAUGAACAAAGAGCAGUAUUGCAUAUGAUACUUGGGGAAUUUAGGAAAUCAUAUGUUCUCGCUAAAAAAGCAAAUAAUUAUGAAUUAAUGACAGUUUUAUCAUUUAUGAAUUCCGAAUUUAGAAAUAUAAUCGAAAUACUAGAUGAUGUUAUCAUGCAAAUCGAAAAUACACCUAUUACAGUUGUUACUCAUAUGGAGUUAUUUUAUAUCAUCGGAUUCUCUUUUCUGGCUUCAUGGGAUCUCAAGAAAGAUGACAACGAACUAUUUGAAGAGUUUAUGAGCUGCUUAGAAGACGAAAAAGACAAACCACUUCGAGAUUUAAUGAUGAAUUUCAAGAAUCAUCAGUACAAAGCUGUUAUUGAAGGUUUUAACUCUAUGUCGCCUAUGGGUUAUAUUUCCAUGUAUAUGCAACCAUCUUUUUCACGUCUUAAGAAUGAGAUAAAUAAGAACAUUGUUUCCCAUCUUUUAUCAUCCUAUGUUAGUAUGGCAGUAUCCGAAAUUAAAGAAAAUACUGGCAUUUCUGCAAUUGAAUUACCUGAAAUUAUAUGUGAAUGUAUUUCUACAAAUAAAUUAAGUGGGAAAUAUGAUUAUGUUGAAAGAAAAUUCCAAGCAUCGCAAAACGAUGAAAUUAUUGAAGAGCAAGAAAUAAUUGACAAUUCCAUCAUUGUUAAGUCGAUGAUUGAAGUCGGAUACUGGAAAUCUGAAUUGUUUGAAAGAAUGAGGAAGGUAAUUAAUAGCAAAGAAGUCGAAAAUUAA